AUGAACAUUCAAGAAUAUAUAUCAUCUGAGCUUCAGAAGCAUUCUUUUUGUACGACUGUUCAAAAAAUUAAAAGAUUGGGAGGAGGAUCUAUAAGUCAAGCUGCAUGUUUUUCAACAGAUAAAGGAGAUUAUUUUGUGAAGACAAAUGCUGAUCCUGAAGCAGGUCGAUGGUUUGAAGCAGAAUCAUUGGCACUUGAGCGAAUGAAUGACGCAGUUCACGGAUUCGUCCCGAUGCCACUUCACUACUCAUACGCUACCGAAAGCAGCAAGAACAAUACAGCAUCAGCAAAACCUGCUUACAUUGUCACAGAAUAUGUUCCAUUAGGUCGAGCCAGUAGUAGUCAUCAAACGCUGCAACGCGAACUCGGCAGGAAAUUGGCACGUUUACAUGCUUCAACUGCUGAUAAAUUCGGCUUUGAUGUCACUUCCUGGUGCGGUACCACCAAAUUAGAGAACUCGUGGUCCACUGACUGGUGCCAAUUUUACAAAACGCAGCGUUUACAGCCAUUAUUGAAGCAAGUGAAAGGGCUGGAUAAAGAUAUUGAUACUUUAGGUGCUUCCCUUUGUUCACGUUUGGAGCAUUGGCUCGGUGCGGACGUGAUUGGUGAGGUCAAACCUUCACUACUUCAUGGUGAUUUGUGGAAUGGGAACUGGGGUGCACGCGGUUCGAACAAUGAACAGCCUAUUAUUUUUGAUCCUGCCUGCUAUUAUGGCCAUUACGAAUUUGAAUUUGGCAUCAUGAAAAUGUUUGGUGGAUUUACGCAGACGUGUUUCGAUGCAUAUGAAGACGCCUUAUUGAAUACAGCACUGUUACCAACAACAAGUGAGGGUAAAAAGGAGCGUUUGAUAAUAUACGAAGCGUAUCAUCAUCUGAAUCAUUAUGCGAUGUUUGGAGGCAGUUACGGUGACGGUUUUAUCAAUUUAAUAGAUAAGUUAUUAUGA